CAGGAAGAAAAUAUUACAGCAGGUUCCAGUGAAAUCGUCUUGAAAAACAACCAAACAGGAAACCGGUCGAUACCACCUCCUACAACAUCUAUGUGUCCUGUGAAAUGUUGCACCACAUGUCACCACCCAAGAGACAAUCAUCAUUAACGAUUUAGAGACACAGGAUGCAGACUGGAUGUAUUGUGUUUUUUUUCUUUCCCAUUUUCUUGGAUGGAUGUUGUGUGGGAAAGCAUCAAAAGAAAAUAACAGGUCUUCAGCAGAAUACUAUGCACCAGCACAUCAGAGCUGUGGAGGGGGAAAUCUUUAUGAUGCCGUGCAUAAAAUGUGUGAACCUUCACAUGGAGGUGGUGUGGUCUGGGACCGGAGAAGGAAAUGAACACCCAUCCUUUGACUGUGGAAGGAAGUUCCUAGCUGAAGCAAAACAUUCUGGAAAGUACACCUGCCUCACAAGUGGCAGCAAGGUGUUUUUCCAUCUACAGGUGGUGCAGAAAAACAGUCUGGGAUGUUUCCAGCCUGAUGAGAGCAGUGAAAUACUGGUCGUGGGUGCAGGUGGGGAGGUUCCCUGCCCAGGUCUCAGCUGUAGUGACAACACAAAUGUCACCUGGUACAAGGAAAACAAAGCUGUGUCUGAGCAGUCUAGGGCUUCCUGUGAGACGAGUGGGUUGUUAACCCUCUGCAAAGUCAGUGAACAUGAUACGGGUGUAUAUUUCUGUGAUAGAGAAAUUAUUGAGCAAGGAGUCAAAUGGAUCUUCAGGAGGGCGGUUAAUGUCACAGCCAUACCUCAUUACACACCAAGUUACUCUCCCAGGAUUAUACAUCCUCAUGGCAACACAACGGAGGAAGUGGAGCUGGGUCAGUCUCACACUCUGACAUGUGAGGUUUAUUUUUCAUUUGCGAUAAAUAUUUCACUAGAUGUGCAGUGGUACAUGCAUUAUGGUGGCAAAACGGAGAAUAUGACUCCAUUACACAUGGAGAGACAACAAUCGGAGAGAGUGAGUCUUCAAGAGUUCAAGGUCACACGAAGAGCCAUCAUAAAAGAGGUGACUCCACAAUACUUGAACAACGCAUAUACCUGCAUCGCCAGGGAUACUGUUGCAAACAGCAGUGUCACUAUCAAGCUCAAGAAGAAAAUGAAAGUUAAAUGGCCGACGCUGAUUGGGUAUCCCAUUGUGUCUUUGCUGCUGGUAGCCGGGCUGGGAAUCGCUUUGCAUGUGAAAUGGCUGGAAAUACAGCUUAUCUACAGAUCCCACUUCCGAAAUCGAAAACAUGAUGGAGAUGAGAAAGAGUUUGAUGUGCUUCUGUCAUACGUGUGGAGCCCUCCAUCAGCAGAGGAGGAGGGAGUUUUGACCCUUUCCUCCCAAGCAGGACCGGACACUGAUGCGGAAGCAUGUUUAUCAUGCAUGGACCCGCUGAACUGUGAGGAGGGUAUUGCCACCCAGAGGCCAGUGGAAGUGCUGCUGCCCCAAGUGUUAGAGGACCAGUGGGGGUUUCGCCUCUGUCUGCUGGAGAGGGACGUGCUUCCUGGAGGAGCAUAUACAGAUGAUGUGGUCCUUGCAAUACAGAAAAGCCGAAUGGUUAUCUGUCUCCUGUCAGCUGACUACCUCUCCAACAGCAAUGCUGUUUUUGUCCUUGAAUCAGGAGUUAUGGCUUUGCUACAAAACUCAAUCUUCAAACUUCUGCUAAUAUGGACCUGUAGAACCUCACCAUCCCUCAUCCAGCCAGACCCCCCGCUCCCCACACUGGUCCAGAGGGCCUUAAAGGUGCUACCCAGUUUGGAUUGGACUUCAGGCAAACCUGCCAAAGCCACCAGCAACUUCUGGAUAUCUUUGAGGAAGGCCAUGCCCAAUAAAAGAAUGAAGCUUCACUCAUGCAGGAACAAUGAUUAAACCACAAUCGUUUUCCAAACAUGAAGUACAUCAUAUUUAUGUUACAAUGGCUAUAUUCUUCACUGAAACUACACAAAAAACAAAUGUGUCAAGGAAAUUUCCAUGAUGCUAUGGAUGCCAAAUGUAUAAUUUUCUAAUGUAGGGGGGGAAGUGAGUCACCCUUUGCUCUAUGCCGAGGGUCCAAAAAUGUGUGUAUGGAGUGUAGUCUUUCAUUUCCAUCUGUAUCAAGAAUAUAUAUAUAUGUAACAAUGUUGAAUAAUCAAUUAGCUACCAGCUCCACAAUUUAAAGCAUUAGAAAUAAUAAAUGUGACAGCUAAAGGAUUUGUACUAGACAAAAACAGAUUCACUAUUAACAAUUAAUAACUAAUUAAACUUUUGUUGUGAGGUGUA